AUGCAGCUCAAGGCACCCUCUUUGUCGCUAUUCUUGGCCGCUGGCUUUUGCAUAGCCUCUGACGAUGUAGAUGACACUCCUCUUCCGCUCGUGAUCUGGCACGGGCUCGGCGACACCUUUGAUGGCGAUGGCAUCCAGCAAGUCGCUUCGCUUGCCGAGGCGAUCAACCCAGGCACAUUCGUCCACAUUGUGUCCCUAGGCGACGAUGCAAACGCCGACCGCUCUGCGACCUUCUUUGGCAAUGUUACGAGCCAGCUAGAGAUGGUGUGCGAAGCGCUCGCCAGCCACCCGAUUCUUUCGACUGCGCCAGCCAUCGAUGCGCUCGGGUUCUCCCAGGGCGGCCAGUUCCUGCGAGGCUACGUCGAGCGGUGCAACAACCCGCCCGUGCGCAGCUUGGUCACGUUUGGCAGUCAGCACAACGGCAUUGUAGAGUUCAAGGCAUGUGGGAGCACGGACUGGCUGUGCAAAGGUGCCAUGGCCCUGCUCCGCUUCAACACGUUUGGCGCUUUUGUCCAGAGCCGCCUGGUGCCCGCGCAGUACUAUCGCGAUCCUGCCGACUACGAGACAUAUCUGGAGGGAUCUAACUACCUGGCCGACAUUAACAAUGAGCGUGCGGAGAAGAACGAGACGUAUGCGGAGCGGAUUGCCAAGCUCAGCAACUUUGUCAUGUAUCUCUUCAGUGAUGACACGACUGUGGUGCCAAAGGAGACUGGCUGGUUCCAGGAGGUCAACGGUACGGACGUGAUUCCUCUGCGGAAGCGCCAAUUAUACAAGGAGGAUUGGCUCGGCUUGAAGAAGCUCGACGAGCAGGGCGGGCUGCGCUUCCGGUCGAUUGAGGGCGAUCACAUGCAGAUCACAGAAGAAGCACUCAACGAGACCAUGUCGGACUUUUAUGGUCCGUACGGCCGCACCUUCAAAGCAGAGAAGGCGGCAGAGGGUUUGUGGGACGAACUGUAA